CGUUUGGACCAGCAUAUGGUCCCUACAAGUUCCAGUAUCUCUGUAUCUUGAAUUUUCUCGCCAAUUUUCCCAUACGUCCCCGGGAAACUGAACUGAAAAUCCAUGGCCGACUGGUCUAAACUUCCCAAAGACCUCCUAGAAGAAAUCGCCAGACGCCUAGAGAGCGCCUUCUACUUACUCCGUUUUCGAUCCGUCUGCUCCUCAUGGCGGUCCUCCGUCACCUCCCGACCUCGCCGUCUACCGGGCCGAUUUCCCUUCCUCACAAACCACGGUAUCUGCGCCACCUCCCUAGGGUUCCACCUCUCCCAGCGCAGCAUUUUCCUGAUGGGUUUGCCCAAUUCCCGCAACCAAAGAGACCCAGAUCGCUGGCUGGUCAAGAUCGAAGAGGACGUACCGGGUCGGAUGCACUUGCUGAAUCCUCUCUCGCGGUUUCAGCUGAAGCCGCUGCCCGAAGCGUUUCCGAAGGUAUUGGAUUUAUCGAAAUUUAGGGUUUUUGAGUUGGGUGGAGAAUUUGUUUUGCAUUAUGUCCAUUUUAGGCCUUUUGGGAAUGGCAAUUCUUUGGGCGAUGAUGGCAAUUUGUAUAUGGAAAAGGUGGUUUUUAUGUGUUCGGGUUCCGAAAGCAACGAUUUUGUGCUUCUUACGAUUCAUGUGUCUGGGAAAUUAGCAAUGUUUAAGUCUGAGGAUAAGAGGUGGACUAUAAUUCAUGAUAUGCCAUCGCCUUACGAUGAUGUUAUAAUGUUUAAAGGACAAUUUUAUGCUGUUGAUGGCACUGGCCGGACUGUGACGGUGGGGUUGAAUUCGAAUUUGAGCUUGGUUGCGAAUCCGGUGUUUGGUGGUGAUAAGAAGUUUUUGGUUGAAUCGAGUGGCGAAUUGCUGGUGGUUGAUAUGUACUUGAGCAUCGCUGCACCGGUGGAUUUGGAUGAUUUGGAUGUCGAUGAUGAAGUUUUACAAAUGCAAUUCAGUGGUUGUUUGACUGAGAGAACUGUUAGGUUUGAGGUUUUUAAGUUGGAUAGAGAGGGGAAGAAGUUGGUUGAAAUGAAAAGCUUGGGGGAUAGGGUGUUGUUUUUGGGGGAUGACUGCACAUUUUCUGCCUCGGCUUCCCAGUUAUCGGGUUGUAAAGGGAAUUGUAUACUUUUCACGGAUAAUUUCUUCUAUAUGGGCAGUGAAGAAGAAUGUGUGUUCAAGGCCCGAGAUAUAGGUGUGUUUGACUUGGAUGAUUGUAGUAUUGCACCGUUAUCUGAUUAUCCAGAGUAUUCAAAGUUGUUUUGGCCACCCCCUGACUGGGUUGCAUCGACAACGUCAGAAAUGCAAACUCAGCUUGAAGAAUUGGCUAUAUGAGGUGUAGGUGGAAUCGGUGCACGACACUAAUAAGUCGUGAAUGCAUUUGAAAUCCAAGGCGUUUCAAGCUUAGUUGUUUUACAUAGUCAAGUGCAAGGCGAAAGCAGUCGCACCAGGCGGCUUUAAAGGACAGACUUGCCUGCUCUUCUGGAAUCUCUCCAUGAUUUCUGCGGCUUCAACAAGUUCAGGUGACCUAGCCAGCCAUUGCAAGCAAAACAAGUCAAUCCAAGUUGCCGUAGACACGAGGAGCUUUAUGAGUGAAGGAUUUAUACUUUUUGCAAGCACCUAAACCUACAAGGGGAGUUGUUAAGAGAGCCAAUUCCUUGUUUAACUGAAAAGUAAAUGACGAACAAAUAAACCAAGUCUUUUAUUUUCUUAAAUUAUGAAUCUUUUUCCAUGUAUUUUACUAAACUUGUAAAUGAAUGAAUGAAUUAUCAGUGUUUUUGGAGACAUC